CGGGGGACAAUAGAGAGCGGCUCCAGGGAGGCUGAUCUGCGGUCAGACAGUGACGGUGGUCCGCGGUGCAGACAGCCGACUCUCAGCUGAGGUUUCAGCUCCACGGAUUCAGCCCGGAACGGACGAAGCUGCAGCUGCUGCAGGACGGAGCAGCGGCUCCGGUCAGAGGAGAAGAAGAGCGUCGCUUGGAUGGACUGACAGCUGCAGCUCGGACUGAAAGAAACAUUUGUCUCCAGAACAACUUCCUGCCCUGACCUCACAACACAAUGAAUUCGUCACCGCACAGCUCCCAUUCCUCAGUUGACAUCCUGGAGGAACUCCAGCUGAUCGCUGCACAGAACCUAGAAAAACUGGACAUCAACAAAUACUAUGAGGUCAUCCGUGAGCUGGGCAAGGGCACCUAUGGGAAGGUGGACCUCGUCAUCCAUAAAAUCCGAGGCACAAAAAUGGCACUGAAGUUUCUGAGGAAGAAAACCACUAAGCUGAAGAGCUUCCUGAGGGAGUACAGCGUCUCCCUCUACCUGUCGCCCUGCCCCUUCAUCAUCAACAUGUACGGCAUCGCCUUUGAGACGGAUGACUUCUACAUCUUUGCUCAGGAGUACGCCCCAGCAGGGGAUCUGUUCGACAUCAUCCCGCCACAGGUUGGACUCCCCGAGGCAGUGGCAAAGCGCUGCGUCCACCAGGUGGCCAUCGCCCUGGACUACCUGCACUGCAAGAAGCUCGUCCACAGGGACAUCAAGCCCGAGAACGUCCUCAUAUUCGACACGGAGUGCAGGAAGGUCAAGCUGUCAGACUUUGGCAUGACGCGCCGCGCCGGCUCUCCGGUGAAGCGCGUGAGCGGAACCAUCCCGUACACGGCACCUGAGCUGUGCGACACCUCACGUCACGAAGGUUUCUGCGUGGACUACAGCACAGAUGUGUGGGCGUUUGGCGUGCUGCUGUUCUGCAUGCUGACAGGAAACUUCCCCUGGGAGAAGGCCAUGCCGAAUGAUGCCUUCUAUGAGGAGUUUGUCCGCUGGCAGCGUCGUCGGACAAGCUCAGUGCCAUCACAGUGGCGCCGUUUCACAGAUGAAGCUCUGCGAAUGUUUCGCAGGCUACUUUCCAUUGAGCAGCAGCGCCGCUGUGCAGUCAAAGAAGUCUUCAGCUACUUCAACCAGUGCUGGAUGUUGGACACGGAGAAUGGGAACGGCAGCGGCUUAUCAGCCAACACACCUCCUGUGGAAAUCAGCUCUUCCUCCUCUGAGGAGGACGUGUUGGUGGACAGACUGAAGCAGCAGAGCCUAUCUCCUGCUUGCAUGGUGGCGAAAGGGAGUUUUAUGAUAGACGCCCACUUCUCGUCCUCAAACGGCUCGCCGUCUUCCACCGGCGGCUUCGAGCGAGUCAACAGGGACAACAACGAAAGGGGGCGCAUCCUGGUGACCACGCCUAUCGAGAUCUGCGUGUAGAGACGCACGCUGCUGCUACCUGUUCAAGUGGGUGCCGACGUGCAACAUUUCUCAGACGUGAGGAAGCCAGAAUGGGAAAAGUGCAUGGAAGAAGGUCAGCAUCAGGAAAUGGCCGACAGCCUGUUGUAGCUUCACUGCAGAUCUCAUCAUUUCCAAUGAAGGCAAGAUCUGAGGAAAUGAGCCAUGUGACAAUCAAACUGUAGCCUCUGUCUGUGGUUUGUAGUUCAGUCCCUGGAACACUGCGUGAACUCUCUAAUGAAGAACAACAAAAACCAGGAAGAGGAGAAAAAUAACCAGAAAACCAAGAAGCAGUACGCUUUAAAAAGACUAGAUUGGCUUCGUGCAUAAAAGCAACUGUGACUCGUGUUUAUCGUCGUCAAGCGUUUCCAUGUUUUUGUGAAGUGAGUUUUUGUUUAUGUCAGUUUAAUAUAUUUAUGAGUUGUUUUGUCAGGUGGCAGCACCGAUCGGACGUCUGCUUGUUAUUCCCUCGGAAGGAAAUAAAAAAUAGGAGGAAAAACUGUUGUGGUGUAGAAAAAGUAAAGGCAGCUGAGCUCGUCUGUCAUGUUCUUCAGUCAUCAUGAUGCAGGUUAUGUUCCAUAAAACUAGAUGUUUUGUGUGUCUCAUGUUUCCUUGUGAUAAAGUUAAUUACCUCCUCGGCCAGUCCUACCAGUUAAUUAGUUCUGGGACAGUUUCAGAAUAUUGCUCACUUUUAAGCAAUUCAUUUAUGAACUAAAUGUGAAUUUCCUCCAAGGCAAAUAAAAUUGCAGUUCUGUGAUAAUGUCUCAUCUACUGCUUUCAUAAGAGGAAAAAGCAUACAGGACAUUGGAUUAUUUCGAUGCAUUUUGUUUUUUUCUUAGCAUGAUUAAAAAAUAAAACGGAAGUUGCACCUCGUCUUUCAGCAGAAUAAUCUGUGCUUUCUGUGAAAAGUUGGACAGGAAAGUACCCUUUCAACAUGUUUCCUUUUUAUGUUCCUCUAAAAGCUUACAGCAUCACCCAAACAAUGUAGAAAACUGAAUCUUUAGGACUGUGGAAUAAAGUGCUUUGAAAAUCUGUUUUUUGUUCAUGUGUUUGUGCUUCUUGCAUGAUGUGGCAUUGCUGUGGUAUUUUCUUGAAAUAAAGCGCCAAAAUAAAAAUAG